UAAUUUCUUCCUCAUUCUCAGAGUGAUUUAUUUAGGUGAACAUCCAGACUCUGUCUAGUUUAUUACUUUUCCUGAAGAAGCCAAGAGGAACUUGCAGGACAGAUGGCCCAGUCUCCAGAAGAUGCUCCUCUGGCCACAGGUAGCAUGGCCGGCAGCGAAGAAACCCUGAUUCUGCCCAGACAAACUAGAGGGGGCUCCAACAGUCGUGCCUUUAAAAUCGCCGGCCUCACCACUCUGGCAUGUCUGCUCCUGGCCAGUCAGGUCUUCACUGCUUACAUGGUGUUCGACCAGAAGCAGCAGAUUCACACGCUGCAGAAGAACUCUGAGAAGAUGGGGAAGCAGGUGUUACGCUCAGCCCAGGCCGCUCCAAUGAGGAUGCGUGUGCCCAUGAGCAGCCUUCCCCUGAUGAUGGACUAUGUUUCUGAUGUGGACACCCCAUCAUCCAAGACACCCAUGACAAAGCUGAAGGAGGAUGCUGUUCCUACUGUGGAGAAGCAGCUGCAGGAUCUGAUGCAGGAUUUCAAGCUGCCGCAUUUCAACAAGACCUUCAUGGCCAACCUGCAGAGCCUGAAGACGCAGAUGAAUGAGAGCGAGUGGAUGAGCCUGGAGACAUGGAUGCGCUACUGGCUCAUCUUCCAGAUGGCCCAGCAGAAACCUCCAGCUCCAACUCCACAGCCAGCCUUUUUGAUCAAGACCAAAUGCCAGAUGGAGGUGGCUCGUAAGAGUCACCUGGUCGGGCAGUACAAGCCCCAGUGUGACGAGCAGGGUCGUUACACACCCAUGCAGUGCUGGCACGCCACCAACUACUGCUGGUGUGUGGACGAGAGUGGCACCGCCAUCGAGGGCACCGCGAGACGUGGCCACGCUGACUGUCCCAAAGUCCCAGCUUACCGCCGACCGAUGUAUGCAGCCAUGCCACUGCAGAAGGCCUUCAGUCUUGAAGAGGAUGCAAAAUAAGUGAAGAAGUGCCUGGUGUUUUGCUUAAUAAGUAAACCUUCGCAGACACGAAGAAGCAACACUUUAUCUUAAUUCUAGCCCGUAUUCUGUGAUGGUUUUAAUGUCUGAUCAAGUUUUUUCAUGCAAUCUCUUGAUUUUUUAACCCUCUGCUGGCUGUAUGAAAUCAACUCAAUAGAGAACUGUUACACAUGGCAAUUUUGCAUGUUUUUGAUAUUUUUUGUGGGCAUUCAGAGUGAUGAGGUGAUAUAUAGUCCAUAGAUAUCUAUAUAAUCUACAGUAUAUUAAGUGUGUUAAAUCAAUUCAAUUCAUGCAAAUUACACCAAAAAACAUUUUCAGUCUUAUUUAGUAGUUUAGCUGUUGACUUUUACUUUAUAUUUUUCUGAUACCUGUCUCUAAGAUGAAUGUUUCUGUCUCAUCACAGUGGAGGACAAAGGAGUUUUACUUGUAGAACAAAAGCAUUGAAAUAUUACCUUUAAAAAUGUGAAGAGAAUAAAUUCUUCCGAGAGACAGCAUCCUUACUGUUCAGAGAGAAAUGUGUGGAUUAAUCAGUGAAGGGGACACUGUUUCUCAUAAGAGGUGUCACAGAUUUGUGUUGAAUGUUGUUUGAACGCUGUAAACACCGCUAACUGAUCUGAAUUAAGAGCAGGUAUUAGUGUGACUUUGCAGGACAAGAGUUUACUGAAGAGGGACUUUAUGUGACUCUUUGAAGGAUGUGGUUUUUCCAUGUAGUUAAAUAAAGUUGUCUGUAAAAGCUG